UAGUAUGUUAGUAUCGUUUCUAUGGCAACCUUUCUGGGUUUGAAGUGCCAUCCAUAUUUUAUAUUUUACCACGUGAGAGCAGCGAGCCAAAGCAUUGUAAUCCGUGAUCUAUUGUCUCAUUGUCUGCAGCAUUGUGUUGUCCUUCAAAGCAAGUGUUAAAAAAUUACUUUAUUGUAUGAAAAUAAAUACUGACAAGAAAGUGAUAAUUAUUUAUACUAAUUAUCUACCGUAAAUUUGUGCUUCAGGGUAUAAAUUAAUUAUACUGAAUUAUUAUAUAUUUAUUGUAUUUUUAAUAAUAAUAUACUGAUUUCGAUUAUUGAUGAAAGUAAACCGGUGAUGUAAAUCGCAAGUUUUGCAGAUUAAGUGUAAGAAUUUAUUUAUCGAGAAAAUGAAAAAGUUUGCUCUAGUCUCGAGCUCUAAAGACGACUCAAAUUAUUAUAUUAUUGAAACACGAUUUAUAUAUAAAGUUGGCUCUAACGGCGGCAUAAAAUUGAUUCAAGAAGAGGACAUACACGAAGACGAUUUGUUUGUCCGAAAAAUCGGGUUACACCUGAGUCAUGUUUCAAUCAUCGACAUUGAUGAUGAUCCCUAUAAGUUGCGUAAAAAUUACAGCAAGAUAAGACGUAUCAGGAUGCAAAGACUUCCUCAAUAUAGUCCGAAUAUACCUCAAAAAAAAACAGUACGAGAGAUUAAAAAGAAUGCAGAACCGAAUGCUUCGAGAGCCACUAUUGAACAAACGGUGGAAGAUGUGUUGCCACCAUCAAUACUUCCGGAUUCUGGAACCAAAACUCGAAUGGAUAAAAAUACAGAACCGAAUGCUUCGAAAGCCGCUAUUGAAGAAUCUGCACAAUACUACCUAAAUAUGUUGCCACCAUCACCGAUUGCGAAUCCUAGUAAUGAAACUGAAAUAGAUGAGGAAAAUGAAACAACUGUCACCAUGGAACCAUCAAUUAAUAACACCUCAAACCCAGAGCAACUUCGUCAAGCCUUAGCAGAUGUUACAAAUAACACAGAAAAUUCAAAUAAUCGGUCACAAAUCCGUAGUGAUGAAACCUUAUCAAACUCAAGUAGUACACUUUCACGAAGAUCAUUGAAUUCACAAACAACACGAGUCAACUCUCAAAGCAAUCCUCGUUCAUCACAUCAUCCCUUCACACGCCGUACAUUCAUACCACGUUUACAACUCUCACACAAAAAGCAAACUCCUUGCAAACCUGGCUUAUAUCGACAACUGCAAAGAUUAGAAACAAAAGUAGAUAAAUUGGCUGAUAUCGUUAAAACAAUAACAAAUGAAAACUUUACAGUCUUGAAUACAAAUGUAAGAAGACGUUAUCCAAAGUUGAGAGAAUCUACGGUGGUGGUAAAUAAUAAAGAGAUGUAUGUCAUUGAUGGUACACAUAUUUCGGCCGAAGAUUACGCCAAAUUAGUUCAGGCACCAACUAUGCGGAAACGAGUGAAUCGAAUCAUAAAUAUUUUGUGGGAACCUGAAAAGCUCGUGAAAAUGUACAUGAAACCAGAUGUUAAAGAUCCUUUAAAAAUUGUGGUGACACCGGAAGAAAAAAAAAAAGUUAGAGAUUUGUCUCUCUAUAUUCAAAAAAAGCGAGAGUUAAACAUUGCCAAAAAUGGCAAUGAUGAUAUAGAAAGAUUUUUGGACAAGUGGAUGGGAGAAUAUUUUAAAGAGUGUCGCCGUCAAGCAAAGAAGUAGUAGAUAAUGUUUUUCAUAACUCAGUUUAAAAUAUAUUGCAUUUAAGUUAAAGUAAUUGUUUAAUUAAAUAAAUGUGACAUCUAAAUAAUAA